AUGGUUAAGCAGGAAGAAUGCUGGCAGGGCUUCAUACAUUGCAAGAGACUGGGAGAGUGUCUCAGAGCACAGAGAUCACUCGCAAAUUCUCAUGGACAAUAUGGCUCUUACAUACUCGAUUGCACCGUGUCGGCUGCGUUGCUUGAGAAUUACCUACGCAGCUUCGAGCAGGUCUAUCGGAUUAAUCAUGUGCCAACACUGCAGAAAGAGUUCGAGGCAUUCCUACAAGAUCCAACUUCGGUAAACCACGAAUGCGCUAUAAGACUUCAGCUUUGCUUUGCACAUGGAGCUCUGACAUACGAUGAUCUAUUCUCUCUUCGACCGUACGCUCUCCAAUGGAUCUACGAAGCCCAAUCUUGGCUUGCCAAGACUGAGAACUCACAUCCAAGCAUCUCGGGCAUUCAAAGCAUGUGUCUCUUGCAGCUGGCUCUACAGGCAAUAGAGUCACUCUAUGGGGACCGGGUCCUAGUUCUUUCGGGCAAUCCUCUUCGGUCCGCGAUGUGCAUUGGGUUGCAUCGAGAGCCGGUUGGGCUGCCGCGGAUGUUACCUUCCCAGGUUGAGAUUCGACGCCGUCUCUGGACUACUGUGUUAGAGCUGGUCCUAGAAGCAAGCAUAGAGUCCGGCCAGCCUGUUCUCAUCUCACCCGAGGACUUUGACUGUAGGCUACCCUCAAAUCUGAACGACGACCAGCUGCACUGCGAGUCUACAGUCCGUCCUAUUCCGAAGGACCCCAGUCUUCACACCGAUAACUCCCUGCAAAUUGCUCUCGGUGAGUCCUUGACAUUGGGACUGACAAUUGCUAAACUGUGGAACAAGGUCAAGCAGGAGGCGAACUACGUCACGGUCCUACAACUUAGUCCACAGCUUACUGCCGCACACCAGAUUUUGACAACUACGCUUAAAAAUUUGGGCAAGGAUACUUCGCUAUUGAAUCGUCACAUCUGUGAGAUGGUGCUUGUACGAUACGUAUUUGCGCUGCAUUUGCCUUACAUGCUUCUUCUACGUGAUUCUGUCUUUUCCCACUCACGAAGAGAGUGCAUAGAUGCUGCGCUGCAUCUUACGUACAGGACGCUGCCACUUUCUGACACGAAUGAGCCGCUCUCAGAGCUUCUACGACAAGCAAAUAAUGAAGUUCGCUGUCCCAGAUUUGGCCGAUUGACAGCCUGCGGCUCGGGAUCCUUGCGGUCAGCACAACAUAUUGCUACUAGCAUAAUCGCGGCUGACCUCAACACCAUGAUCUCAGAAAGAGUCAAAACAGCUACAGGGUCGGCUCUACGUGUUGCGGAAGAGUGUUGGCUACUGAAAGCUGGUGUUGCGUGGGCGAGACAGAGGAUCGAGGCAGGGCAAGAGAACGUGAAAGAUUACGUGUUCUUUGCACUUGUGCUUGCUGCAGCAGAAGCUGCCUUGGACGGCAAAUCUGUCGAGGAUGAGAUGGCAGUGCGAUGCAAAGAGGCUAUCACAGACGCGGAGGCGUUGGUGUCGGACAUGACUGGGGGAACAACGAUUGGACGCACUGGACAUGGAACUAUUCAAUACGAACAGAGUGAGAAUGAUUUGGAGGAUAUCGGGGCUUUCUGGGCAAGUGAUUUCCCGGGCCUUGAUUGGGGUGAAUUCAUACCAAUGCCACAAGGCUGA